AUGUCCAUGGAGAAGCUGAACACGGACUUGGCCAUAUGCCUGCCGAUGGCGCGGGACGCGACUGACAGGGCCGGCAUCGCAUUCCUGCUGCUGCUGCUGCUCGGCAACGGGGCAGCCUUCCUGCUCAUCUCCUGGUUCUACCUGAGGAUGUACUGCAGCAUUUCACACGUGGAGAGGGGCCUGGUGCGGCCUAACGACCUGAAGGUGGCGAAGCGGAUGGCGCUGCUCGUCUUCACCGACUUCGCGUGCUGGGCGCCGAUCGCGUUCUUCGGCGUCACGGCCAUCAUGGGCGUGCCACUCAUCAGCGUCACCAACUCCAAGAUCCUGCUGGUCUUUUUCUACCCGCUGAACGCGUGCGCCAAUCCUUACCUGUACGCCAUCUUCACCAAGCAGUUCCGGCAGGAGCUGCUGCGGCUACUGGGGCGCCGUUCGCUGUGUCGGCCACCGGUGUCACGCGGCAGCGGCGGUCGCGCCACGCGCUCGCGCCACCUGCUGCCUCAGCUGUCGGACGGCUCGCGCAGCGGGCUGACGCAGCCGCGCAGCGCCAACACGCUGCUCGAGAUGUCGUCCAUCCGCGGUGGUCGCAAGUCGUCGCAGGACUCGGCGGUCGAGAGCCACCUGCCGGCGGCGGCGGUCGAGCAGCCGGCGCUCAGCCCCGUGCUCGAGUGCUCGCGCACGUCGGACCCCGGCAGUGUGGCGCCGCCGGGCCACGCGCCGCGGCCGGACGGCGGCGCACAGUAG